AUGUCUCUGCUGGCCACAUGGUGUAUUCUCCUCUUGGCGAGUCGUUCCCGUCUCUGGACAGCAUCAAACGAUUCGCCAUAUAAGAGCUCAGUACCCUGGUCUGGCAGCAUCUGCACAGUUAUCCCGUCCGCGGAUGGCUCUGAUGAUGCCCCCGCUAUCAUCUCUGCUUUUGAACAGUGUGGGCAGGACGGUAGUGUGCUGUUCUUGAACAAAACAUACCAUAUCGAGAGUGUCAUGAAGACGACUGGUUUGAAUAACGUCACAGUUGAUCUCCAAGGGACAUUGCUGUGGAGUACUGACACAAGCUACUGGAGGAGUAAUAGUUUACAAUUAGGGUAUCAGAACCAGACGACUGCCUGGAUAUUCGGGGGUAACGAUAUAACCUUUAUGGGGCAUGGCUAUGGGACCUUCGAUGGGCAAGGGCAAAUCUGGUAUGACUUGGGACAGAAUAUCAGCAAUUUGGCGGGGCGCCCAAUUUCGUUAACCAUCGCAAACACCACGAAUUCCGUCUUCUCUGGGAUCAGAUUUGUCCAAAGUCAAUUUUGGUCGACGGCCAUUACGCAUAGUGAGAACCUAAUCUUGGAGGAUAUCUACGUGAACAGUACUAGCAACAGUACCUGGUCCACGAUUAACACAGACGGAUCGGAUACAUUCUACUCAAACAACAUCACGUUCUUGCGGUGGUCGAUCACUAAUGGAGACGAUUCAAUUGCCCCAAAGGCAAACUCGUCCAACAUCCUCAUCCAGGAUUCAAUCUUCUACGGCGGUAACGGCGUUGCAAUAGGAUCAAUUGGGCAAUACCUCAACGCCUUCGAGUUCAUCGAGAACCUCACGGCCGAGCGGAUCAUCUGCUACGAGUGCCAGUUCGUCGGGUACAUCAAGACGUGGACGGGUAUCCAGCAAGGGUAUCCUCCCAAUGGCGGAGGUGGCGGAAUAGGAUACGCGAAGAACAUCGCCUUCCGUGACUUCGUCGCCAUCAAUACGCGCCAGGCGAUCGCGCAGAUCACCCAAUGCACCUCGUACAUCGGCCUCACCGGUGGGUGCGACACCUCUAAAUUCCAGAUCUCCAACAUCACCUGGGGCCCGGGCGUCGGCAACACGGUCACAUCCUACCUGGCGCAGCUGCAGUGUAGCGCUGCCGCGCCCUGCCCCGAUAUCAAUUUGGUCGGCAACUUUGGGUUGAUAGGCACGAAUGGUACGGAGAGGCAGAUUACUUGCAGUAACGUCGUAGAUCCCGCGUUCCCUUGCACGGGAUCUGCGGAGUGA